GCUUUGGCUCGGGAGGAGGCAAUGCCUGCUUUUGAAUGGCUGCAAGAGAGAGAGGAACCAGUCCUGCUUGCAGACCUGGGCAAAAGGUGAGGCAAAAUGUUGUAGAUUUGGCCACCUAAACUGACCUGUCAGUUGUCUCAGACCUCCAGCCCCUGGACAUAAAGGUUGACUGUGCCAGCCAAAGGGUUGCUGAAAUCUCCCAUACUAAGGAAAGUUCUGAAAUUCAUAAUGGAGGAGAACUUAGAAGCUGCAGGGAAGGCUCCACACACUGUCAAAGUAAGGUGUUUGGAAUUGCCAAGAAGAGUGACGCCUCAAAAUGGCAAACAUCAGCCCAUGGAUGGGCUGCCACAACCAUGGAUAGCUCAGUGCCAAGAGUUCCUGAAGGCACUGGAUUGCCGUUGCUCUGGAUGGGGAGCGCCAACUUUAUCAAAACUUGGGCCGUGGGACGACACCAAGGCCUUCCUGGCCUCCUUUGAGCAAGUAGCCGAAGCCUGCCAGUGGCCUAGAAAAGAGUGGGCAGCCCGGCUUUUGCCAGCACUCAGUGGAGAAGCAAAGCAGGCCUUCAACCACCUCGAAGCCAGAGACAGGGAGGAUUAUGAGAAAGUGAAGGCAGCCAUUUUGCGCAGGGAAGCCCAUCGAAUGGAGACCCUGCGCCAGGACUUCCGGCAGUUCCGCUACCAGGAGGUGGAAGACCCGCGGAGAAUUUACGGACAGCUUCAGGAGCUUUGUCACCAGUGGCUGAAACCAGAGAGACGCAGCAAGGAGCAGAUCCUGGAGCUGCUGGUCCUGGAGCAGUUCCUGGCUAUCCUGCCCCAGGACCUCCAGAGUCAGAUCAGGUGGGACCCGGAGACUGGCACUGAAGAGUUUCUGAUAAAGCCCCAAGAGGAUAAGAAUUGGGAAUGGCAGGUGUCAUUGGAGGAAGUGACUAUGAAUCCUGUGAAAGCAGAGGGAACAACUCAGAGAGAAAUCUACACAGAAGCCAAGGAGAAAGUUGAUGAGGAUCUUUGCCUUCUUGCUAAUGGGAUCAUGUCCCCAAGUCAUCCGAGUUCGGUGUUGCUCCCUGAAGAACAAGAAAUUACCGAAACUGGGCUUUCUGAGGAGGGUGUGAAUUUGAAUGACAUCACAGUGUCUUUGGACAAUGCCGGAUGGUCUGUGUUAAACCCCACACAGGGAACUAUGCAUUGGGAGGUCAUGCCAGAGAACUCAGAGGACAUCAGCUCUUUGGGAGGAUUUGUGAUUCCCAAACCUGAGGCUGUGUCUCAGAUGGAACAAGGAGAAAUGGUUUUUAUCCAGGACUCUGAAGAGUGUGAGACAUUUCCUAGUAACAUGUCAGAUGAUGAAGAAUCCCUUAAGAUCAAGGAGAAUUGUCAGCAAGAAAGUACAGAACCUGAGGAAAUAUACAGCAUGUCCCUGGAAAUAUCUCAAGGGAAGGCUUCUCUGGUUGCUGAGAUUCACGAACAAGGAUGCAACUCUGAUGGACCACGGAGGAAGAAGCCAGUGGAGACAUGGGAUGAAGCCACGGAAAUGGCCGUAAGUCAUCCAGGGCUUAAGGACACCCUGAGGCAUGCCCGAGUCACGAAGUUUUUGCACUCCAAGGGUGGGAAAUGGUACCGGUGGAAAGCAGGACUGGUUACCAAUCAGGCCAUCCAUUCUGGAAUGACCCCUUAUGAGUGCCUUGUGUGUGGGAAACGUUUCCAGAAGAAAACCUACCUUGCCAAACAUCAGAGGAUCCACGUGAGGCCGAAGGUGUUUCAGUGCUCGGAUUGUGGGGAGAGCUUUGACUGGAGAGAAGAGUUUGUCAGGCACCGAGGUACUCACACAGGAGAGAAACCACACGAAUGUUCCCAGUGUGGGAAAUGUUUCAGCCAGAGGGAAAGCCUCAUCCGGCACGAGAAAAUCCACACGGGAAAGAAACCCUACGAAUGUCUGGAAUGCGGGAAAAACUUCUGUAGGAGGGAUUCUUUGGUCCGGCAUCAGAAGAUCCACACGGGAGAGAAGCCUUAUGAAUGUCAUGAGUGUGGGAAGAGUUUUAAUCAGAAAGAGGUCCUUCUCAGACAUCAGAGAAUCCACACAGGAGAGAAGCCAUAUGGAUGCCAAGAGUGCGGGGAGUGCUUCUCUCAGAAAGCCAUACUGAGUAGACAUGAGAAAAUUCACACUGGAGAAAAGGCCUUAUUAACACACUGAUGCAAGGGAACGCUUCACUCCAUUUUUACAGAUAUGCUGCCCUUGUGUGUAUUUUGUGUGUGUGUGUGUUUUACAGACAGGGAUACGGACUAUUUGUUAAGCCAAAAUAAUGCCCAUAUUCUCAGGCACCCCUCAGGAGCUCAAGAGCUCAUCUUCACUCUGGUUCCAGGAUUAGGGAAAGGGAUCUCAAGACACUAAAUUUAGAGGGCUAGUUAAUACCCCAGAGGAGAGAAUCAAAAUUCAAAAUGAUCUGGAUAGAUUUAAAAAGUUGGGCCUAAACUGACAAAAUUAGUUUCAGCAGAGAGAAAUGUAGGAUGUUACACUUGGGCAGUAAAAAUGGGUGAUACCUGGCGUGACAAGACGACAUGUGAAAGGGAUCUAGGAGUCCUAGGAACAUGAGUCAGCAGUGUGAUGCGGCAGCUAAUAAAGCCAAUGCAAUUCUAGCCUACAUCAAUAGGAGCAUAGUAUCUAGAUCAAGGGAAGUAA